AUGACAAACGACCCAAACAAGCUCUCCUCAGCCUUUGCAAACAUCCCCCUCCCAAACCACGGCCAGCAAUGGUCCGCCUUAUGGGAACAAAAGUUCCACCCCUGGGACCGCGGCCAGUUCUCAGUCGCCCUGCUCGACCUCCUCACCACCCGUCCGGACCUCAUCCCGCCUCCAACCAAAGAACAACAACAAAAGAAGCCGACGGCGCUCGUCCCGGGCUGCGGUAAAGGCCACGACGCUCUGCUCCUCGCAAACCUGGGCUACGACGUCCUCGGGCUCGACUUUUCGUCCGCCGCCAUCGCCGAGGCAAAGGAGAACCAAAGAGCCGUCAUCGCCGCUGCUGCCGCCGCUGCCGGGGAUGACGGAGUACCGGAUGUGAAUGCCGUCCGCCAACCAAACGGCGCCGAGCCGGGCUCCGUGGCAUGGCUCUCGGGUGACUUCUUCUCAGACUCGUGGCUCGAGGAGUGGCCUCGCGAAAAGACGUUUGACCUCAUCUUUGAUUACACUUUCCUCUGUGCCCUCCCCCCAACAGCCAGACCCCAAUGGUCCUCCCGUACAGCCUCCCUUCUGAGCUCCUCCCCCGGCAGCCGCCUCAUCUGCCUAGAGUUCCCCUCGGGCAAACCCCUCUCCCAACCUGGGCCACCAUGGGGCCUCACGCCGGAGAUCUACCUCGCCCUGCUCUCCCACCCCGGCCAACCCCUCGAGUUCUCCUCCUCGACGCAGGCCGGCGACGCGGCCGAUGUCGUCGUCGUACCGCCCCUGAGCGACAACGGCAACGGUCUGAAGCGCCUGGAGCUUGUCAAGCCUGCCCGGACGCACCGGUCUGGUAUGAAUGCGGACGGCUCGGUCCGUGAUUGGAUCCAUGUAUGGAGUCACUAG